GGGAGGAUGUGGUAGAAAUUAGUUGUCAUGGCAAUUUAUUCGUGGUCCAACAAAUAUUACAAUUGAUUCUCGAAAAUGGGGCAGAAUUAGCCGAAAAAGGCGAAUUUACUAAACAAGCCUUUUUUAAUGGCAAACUGAAUUUGGUCCAGGCCCAAGCCAUUAAUGAUUUAAUUCGUGCCCCUAGCCUUCAAGGAGCCAAGUUGGCCCUCCACAAUUUAAGCCCCGAAAGUCAAAAAGAAUUGAAAAUAAUUGAAAAUGAAUUAUUAGACAUUAUCGCUACCAUCAAAGUAAAUAUUGAUUACCCCGAAUAUGACGGGGCGGAGUAUUUGACCGGUCAACAAGUUUUGCCGCGGAUAAAUAAAUUAGUUGAAAAAUUACAAAUUAUCCAAAAAACCGGGCAAAAAACCCGGGUCUACCAGGAAGGAUUAAAAGUGGCUAUCGUAGGAAAGCCUAACGUGGGCAAAUCCACCCUUUUGAAUGCUCUGCUCCAAGAGGAAAAAGCCAUCGUUUCUCCGUUGGCAGGAACCACUCGAGAUAUAAUUGAGGCUCGUUAUAACCUGAAUGGAAUCCCUCUAAUUUUACUGGAUACUGCCGGCAUUCGCGAAACUGCCGACCUAGUGGAAAAAAUUGGAGUUGAACGCACUUGGCAAGCCCUCGGUCAAGCCGAAAUCAUUCUUUUUUUGAUUUGCCGAAUUAGUGCCAAAAAUCAGCAAUUAGCCGAAUUAGAAGCCAAAAUUAAUCAAUCAUUUGCUAAUGAUUUAUCCGUAAUUAAUGAACUAAAAAAAGGAACUUAUUUAGACGCUUUGUGUGGAGAUUUAGAAAUCGGUUAUAAAUUAGUCCAAGAAUUAAGUGGCAAAGAAUAUGAAG